ACACCGGGACAUAGCCCUGCCGGCAAAACCCCCAGUGAGAUGCAGCUAUACCAAGAGAAGAAUGCUUUGGUUGACGUAGCUAAUGUCCUUUGGGAAGGGGGUGUUCCUGCACCAGCUCCUGAGCUCCUGUCAGUUUAUGCCACAUCUAGGCUAGAGGGCUAUGCCGACAUAACUGUGAUGGCACAGGCGCGGUAGCUGGUGGUAAGAAACCCCCAGGGGAGGGGAGGGCCCUUCAUCCCUCUGCUCUUAUCAAGACUGCACUGGGGUGGGGCCAGGCUGGGCAGCAGCAUCCCUCCAGGUGUUGUGGUGACCCCACCAGCUGUUGCCAUGGGGACCGCAUCACAAAGCGUCUCUGGGUGAAAUCACACUGGGGGCAGGUUGGGUGGUGUGGCCGUGGGCGGAGCCCCAGUAUAAAUAAGGGGUGUGUCCCCAGCUCUGUGCCUGUUGGCUCGGUGGUGUGGAGGGAGCAGCAGGAUCUUGGGUUUCUUGAGACCCAAGGGCUACAGAGGGAGCAGGAGAAACUCUCUGAACUCACCACUUGCCAGUGCUACUGACCAAGUAUCUAUUUGUACCGAGUGUGGAGUGGAGGAGGAGGAAUGGCUGAUGCAGUGGGACGGCCCUGUGGAGGUGUGCCCCAUCAGAUCUCCAACCUCCUGCGGCUGGCAGAUGUGGGAGGCCACAAGGACAUCAUGGCAGGCAUCAUGCAGGCAGCCAGGGUCCAGCCAGCUGCUGUGGCCUCCCGCCUAGUCCAGAUCCUCCAGCAGGAUGAGGUGUCUGUCGGGCAGAAGGUGGCGGCAUACGAGGGCCUCAGGACCGUGCCGCUGGAGCAGGGGAUGGAGGCAGGACUUAUCGGCAGCCUCAUUGCUGUGGCCUCCCAGCAGAUGAGGGCGGCUCCAGAGGAGGCCUCGAGCGAGCUCCAGGCGGCUGCCAGUGAUACCUUGGCCGCCCUCUCUGGCAGCUACUUCGGGCCGGUGAUGCGGGAGCUCCAGAAACACCUGAGGCCCUUUGUGCUGCCAGCGGAGUUCACCCUCCUCACCCUGGGCAAGGUCAUAGCGGCCAGCGUGUACAGGUGCGUCCCUUUCCUGGGCAUCACCCUGACCACCAUGCAGACCGUGAUGCGAGGGAUAGAUGACAGCAGGAGACGAGGGGCCUUCUGCACCGCCCUGGAGUGCACGUGUGGGGCAAUCAGCACUUACCUGAGGAGCUGGGAGAGGAGCACCUAUCCACAAAUCACGCGCCAGCGCUUCUCUGCACACCUGCUCCCCACGUACCGGUACCUCCUCAGCGCCUGGCUGCCCAGCGAGGACACAGAGGUCAAACUGGCUGUCCUCAAGGCCCUGGGGCCAGUGCUGAACAUCCUGCUGCCCAGGAAGGAUCUGCAAAACCAGAUCGAUGGGGACAUCCCCCUGCUCCUGGCUCAGUAUGGGAAGAACAUCGAGGCCUUUUACAUCACCAAGGUUCUGGGACAGAUCUUGCAGGCCUCUUCCUCCAAGAACCCGAUCCCAGAGGUGUAUGUGGCGGCCAUCUCCCACACGCUGAGCUACCAGGUCACUUCCAAAGCUCAGCGGCCCUAUCAGCUCUGCAGGGAGAACCACACAGAGAUUUCCCACGUCUUCCUGCAACUCGCCCGUUCCCAUCCAUCGCAGCUGUUGGGGAUUUUCCAUCGAAAACUGUUGAUGGGCGAGGAAGAUACCCGUGUGGGGAUCCUGGCCCUGAUGUCAUAUGUUAUUGGUGCUGAAGUUCCGGGGCUGGCCAGCCUGUGCAUCAAAUCAGUGAAAUCAGUUCUUACCGACGGGAGUCCCAGGGAGCGUCCAAUGCGGAGCCUUCCCCUGGGGGGGCGGCUGGAAAAAACGGUCCAGAAAACCAGCCUGGCCACCUCAGAAAUAAUCAUUGCCUCGGGCAGGGGGCUCAGCCAGGAGCUCUGGGAACGGCUCCUGGGCUGUGUUACCCGCACCCCUUACACUGAUUCCAUGACCCCCCUGUGCCGCUGCCUGAGGACCUGGCCACGAAGCGGCAGCAGCACAGACAAGCAGCCCCCAAGUGCAGGGAGCCUGCGGCAUCUGCGACUCCCCAGCAGCUGCUGGCCCGGCUCCUGGUGCUGUCAGCAUCCCCCUUCGAGGGAGAAGGGUGCGGAGUGGCUGCGCUGCUCCUGCUGAACGCCCUGCGCCCUGAGAUGUAUGGGGACGAGGCUGAGCAGUGGUGGAUGGAGAUUCCAGCCAUGGUCCAGUAUCUUGAUGGACAUAGCACGUUCUCUCUGGACCAGACCACGUGGGAGCACAAGCUGUUGGAGUUCCUCCGAAAGACCUUGGGGAGGAGCAAAGAGGGCAGCUGGAGCCAGGAUCUGAGCCAGGAGCUGGGCCGGUAGAUGGGCAGCUAUGCCAACGCCUCUGUGGAGAAGGCUUUCCUCUACAAGGCUCUGGGCACAGCCCUGGCCAUGAGCAAAGAUGUGGCUUCAGUGACAGAACAGCUCCGGAAGCUGCUGCGCAUGGCCGACUAUCUGAAUGGUGCAGAGACGGAGUGCCUUAGCUCCUGCCUGCAGCUCUGUGCCAGGGACCAGCUGGAUGCCACCCUGAGAGCUCUGGGCGACUUUGAGGAGGAAAUUGGCGGAGGGGGAGGAUUCCUGGCAUCUCAGGAAGGCCCUGACCCCACGGGACAGGGACAGAGUGAAGAGCGCCCUCCUGCUGUUCUACAGCAGUGCAGCAGCCCAGGCGCUCCCCCAGCAGCUGCUCCCUCAGCUGGCGGACAAGAUCGUACCCAAAAUCCUGCACCAU